AUGGUUUCUUCGCCCACAAGUGAUACAAUACAUAUAAGGGAGGUGUGGCAUGACAAUCUUGAAGCCGAGUUUGCUUUAAUUCGAGAUAUUGUAGAUGAUUACCCGUACAUUUCUAUGGAUACUGAGUUUCCGGGCAUUGUUAUUUGGCCUGUAGGUGAUUUUAAGACUAGAGCUGAGAUAAAUUUUAAGUCCCUUAAGGCUAAUGUGGAUCUUCUGAAGGUAAUUCAAUUGGGCCUAACCUUCUCUGAUGAAAAUGGGAAUCUCCCUACUUGUGGAACUGAUAAAUACUGCAUUUGGCAGUUUAAUUUUCGUGAAUUUAACCUUGACGAAGACGUUUACAUGCAUGACUCCAUAGAACUAUUAAGCAAUAGUGGCAUUGAUUUCAAGAAAAAUAGCGAGGACGGUGUCCAUGUUUAUGAAUUCAGCCAACUUCUGAUGACGUCUGGGGUUGUAUUGAAUGAUGAGGUCCAUUGGGUGACUUUUCAUAGUGCGUAUGAUUUUGGGUACUUGUUGAAGCUAUUGACUUGGAAGAGUUUGCCUGAGACUCAAGCUGAGUUCUAUGAUUUGCUCAAGAUGUACUUCCCGAUUAUCUAUGAUAUCAAGUAUCUGAUCAGGUUCUGCAACAAUCUUUAUGGCGGAUUGAACACUAUUGCAGAGCUCUUGGGCGCGAAGCGAGUUGGCACCUGUCAUCAAGCUGGUUCUGAUAGUUUGCUAACUUGUUCUACAUUCAUCAAGUUAAGAGAGACUUCCUUUCGAGGCUCAAUCGAGAUGUAUGUUGGCGUGUUGUAUGGUCUUGAUAUUGGGAAAUGA